GAGGGUCACUCUGCCUCAGAUUCAGCCACCAAGUUACUGCAAAAUUUGAGUUCCAGAGUGAAGUUGUCAAGAGUCAAGCAUGUCCUGCCUCAUUUCCCUUGAUCUUUUCUACGGACAAAUGCAUAAAUUUCUGUCUGUAGGAUACAGGUUUCGCCCCACCGACGAUGAACUUGUCAAUCAUUACUUAAGAGGACAAAUCUUCGGAUACAACGCUGAUACCUGCGUUAUUCCUGUGAUCCAUGGUCUGUACAAUAUCGAUCCCUGGGAUUUACCCCUCAGGUUCAGAGCAUUCUCAAUUGUGAGGGCCAAGGAGGCGGAGUGGUGGUUCUUGACUCGUCUUUCGUUCAAGACUGAAAGUCGUAGUAAGUUUGACCGACAAACCCAGUCCGGUCAUUGGAAAUCGACCGGUCAAGAGAAGAAGAUCAAUGCCAAAGGUACUAAAGAGUUGAUUGGGACUAUGAGGAAUUUAGUUUUCACGGAAAAUGAUGGUUCAAGCCGCAAAGAGACGCCGCCGACGGUAUGGGUCAUGCAUGAAUAUCGACUAAAUGACUGCAAUUUCGGGACCAACUCUCUUGACCAGCAGAAUUUUGUGCUUUGCCACCUUAUAAACAGACGAGAUGAGUUCAUCCAUGAUUCAGUCUCUGCUGAAGCUGGAUCGAUGUCACUGUUCACGAACAUGGACAAUGACAAACUACAGAAUAACAUUCCAGAGGUCAGUACUAACAUGCCUUGUGGUCUGCUUUCAACUGCGUAA